AUGGCGACGGGGAAUAGGAUGGGUUUGUGCUAUUUGUGGAUGAACUUGAAGGGACAAAGACACACUGAAGAGAUGCAUAGCGUUCAUGCUCCGUCGUCGAGUUCUUCGUCGUCGACAAAGCCUCGCCCUGGUGGGAUUAAAAUAUACAUAGUAGUACAUAUUAAUGUUGAAGUUUGUGCAGGAAUGAGAUGUGUAAAAUACAUUCACAAGUACAUUUACAAGGGUUACGAUCGAACAAUGAUGGUGUUGGAAUCGGCUAAUGAAAUUAAGCAAUACCUUGAUGGGAGGUAUAUUGGAUCGCCAGAAGCUGCUUGGCAUAUAUUCGGUCAUCAUAUGCACGAAGAGGUUCCAACAGUUACCCGACUCGCCCUACAUUUACCUGGAAUGCAUCGUGUUAAUUUCAAUCCCAGGGAGUUAUUGGAAGACAUUAUUGCUAGAUCUACAAUAGAAAAGUCAACUCUAACUAGGUUUUUUACAUGGUAUGCUACCAACCCUAAUUCUACCCCCCACACCUACCAAGAAUUUCCACAAUUCUUUGUUUGGAACAAGAUAAAUAAUGUGUGGACACCAAGAAAGUUUGGGUUCGCAAUUGGGAGGAUGUACUUUGCCAGCCCUAAUUGUGGUGAGAAAUUUUACUUUCGUUUGCUAUUGACUAUUGUUAAAGGGCCAAAAUCUUAUAAAGACUUACGCACAGUAGACAAUGUUGUUUAUGAUACUUUUAAGUCGGCAUGUGUUGCUGGAGGACUUUUAGAAGAUGAUGAUGAAUGGGUUCAAUGUCUUGAAGAGGCUGCAAUAAUGCAAACUGGGUAUCAGUUGAGGAGAUUAUUUUGUGUUAUUCUUACACAAUGCUCACCACUGCAACCGUUGGAAUUGUGGAAGCGAUUUUUUAUAAAUAUAUGCGAUGACCUUGCGCACAAAAUUCGCACAUUAUUUGGCAUUCUUAACCCAAUCGAGGCUCAAAUUGAAGAUUAUGGUUUGUAUCUUCUCAAUCAGAUGCUUGAAGAAACAAGUAAGAGUUCACUUGACUUCCCACCUAUGCCUCAACCUAUCGAAAAUUGGAGCACAGUUGUUGGAACUACCUUCUUUUUGAAUGGGGGUGCUGGCAUUGGAAAGACGUUUUUAUACAACACAAUUGCACAUAAAUGUCAUAGUCUCAGUUAUAUAGUGGUUACUGUUGCUUCAUCUGGAAUUGCUUCUCUGUUAUUGGAAGGAGUACUUGGUGGGGAUUUUCAUCAAAUUUUACCAGUUGUACCCAAAGGAGUUCGUGAGGAAAUUGUUAACGCAUCACUUAGGCGUUCUGAUCUGUGGGAUAAUAUAUGUGUCUUAACAUUAAAUUUGAAUAUGCGAUUGAAUAUAACAGAUCCUGCAGAUGCUGCUUUUGCAGAUUUUUUGAUGGAGGUUGGAACAAACCCUUUAGAAGUGGUACAUCUUUCAUCGACAAUAGGUAGAUGUCAAAAUCUAAAUGAAUUAUUGUCGAGAGUUUAUCCCCAACUAGAUGUGACAAAUACAUCGACCCCAACAUUUUUAACUGAACGUAUGAUUCUCUCUGCUCGGAAUGAUGACGUGAAUGCUAUAAAUGGAACUAACUCGUUCUUGGAAGAUUUCGGAGCUUUGGAAGCUAGGGCUCGUUCGUUGAUCUCGUGUUUGAAGCUUCUAACCUUGAGAUACACUUAUCUUGCUGUAGAUAAAAUAUCUAAGGAUGACGGAAUGGAUAGAAGCAUCAGUAACCGGUAUCCCAACGAGUAUCUUAACUCAUUAGAUCCUACUGGGCUACCGCCUUUUAAGCUAGAGUUGAAAGUGGGUUGUCCUAUAAUAUUGUCAAGAAAUAUUGCCCCAAAUGAUGGACUUUGUAAUGGCACAAGGAUGAUUGUUGUCAGUCAUGGGCAACUAUAUGUGGCAUUAUCAAGGUGCACGUCUUUUGACCGUAUAAUUGUCCUUCUUCCGGAAGAAGAAACAUAUUCCACUACCGAUAUUGUUUACCCCGAAAUUCUGCUGUAG